AUGGCGGAUGGAUUGAAGCUGGAGCAGAGGCACGGGAAGAGCCGCGUCAGGGUGGCUAGGGUGUGGAGGGAUGUGAAGGGGGAGGGAGGGGACGUGAUCGUCGAGUGGAAGGUAGGGGUGAGUCUCUUCUCGGACUGCCUCCCUGCCUACACUGGAGGCGAUAAUUCCGCGAUCGUCGCCACGGACACCAUGAAGAACACGGUGAGAUCCUCCCUCCUGGCUUCAUGUUGACUGCAUAUUGUUAAUUCGUCUAUUUUUUUCGGUUGUUGCUGUUGAUGCGGUGUCUCUGAGAGGAUGGACGCAUGUCGUUAUGGUUUUGCGCUGGUAUAUGGCUCAGGUGUACGUGAAAGCGAAGGAGUGUUCAGAUGUUGUUUCGAUGGAGGAGUUCGCAAUUAUCCUCGGCAAACACUUCACCUCGUUUUAUCCGCAGGUCAUUGCGCCUCUUUUCUAUUAUAUGCCAGGAGAAGGAGCGGAGAUCGAAAGUACAGAACUAGAUGCAAUACUGAGGAACUUCCCUUUUUUCUUUCCAUAGGUGACUGCUGCCAUCGUCACAAUCGUGGAGAAGCCUUGGGAGCGCGUCGCCGUAGAUGGGAGGCCUCACAAACAUGGUCUGCUCCUUGCUCCUGUUGUCUCUUUAUUUCUUGGCGCAUAGUCAGUGCGUCUCAUUGAUUGAGCAGAUGCUCAUUGGAAUCUCAGAUCUGUUGUUCACAGUAUUAGACUAUAUUACGUCCUGUGACUUGAUUGAACAUGACGUAUUUUAGCAGCCCUUUUCAUCAAUGUUUCACAUAUUUCCUUUGCAUCUUAUGAGAGUGAAUGUUCUUCGUUCUGGAUUGCAGAGGAUUUUCUUAAUCACGAUGAAUGCCUUCCCCGCAGGAUUUAAACUCGGAUCCGAAAAACACAGAACCGAAGUAACGGUGAAGAAGUGUGGUUCUCUGGAAAUAGAAUCUGGGGUCGAGGGAUUGGCGUUGCUCAAGACCACGAUGGUAAUUUUUCUAUUUCCCUGUUUUCAUCAGAAGCGACGAGCACUCUUGAAUGUGUCAUAGCGGGCAUUUUUUCAGGGUAUCAAUCUGCGUGAUGCAUAAUUUGUGUGAUGUUUAUAUUGAAAUCUGAUCCGUUUAGAUGGAAUCAUAAGUUCGCCAUUAAUUCUGCCUCCUAUUUCAUGACUGGCAUUGGAAUUUAUAUGCAUAAAAAACCAUAUGACCGGAUGUAUCAUUCUAAAUGGCAAGUGAUUGAAAAACCCCACACGACAUUUAAUUCCCCAAGAUAUUUAAUCUGCCUCGACCCGUGGUUCAGAAGCUCAAAUCGAUUAAUUCUCCAAGCUUUUUCCCGGAGCCAAUCAACUGCUUGGAAAUUGGCUUGAUAAAAAUACAAAUUAAUUUCAUAUAUUUUGUGGUGUCGACGAUGAUUUACUUUGCAACAUUAGUCUGAGUUGACUUUUAAAUCUGUCAGCCGACUAUUCGGGUCAACAAGUUCCUUCUUCUUUGCGAUUUUAUAAAUAGCUAUCCUGGCGAUUCAUUACAGGAGAGUUAAGUAAUAGAAGAGCAUCUGUGAAGGGAUUUGCUCAUACAUACCUUACUGUUUCCAACGUUUUAUCCCGUUUUCAUUGCCCUCAAGAGCCCCAAUCAAUACUUGACAAGAUCACUGCAUACAGUCUUGCAUGGAUAUUAAUUACCUUUACAAAAUUGGGCAGUCGGGCUUUGAAGGAUUCGUGAGGGACAAGUAUACGGUUCUUCCAGACACAAGAGAGAGAAUGCUGGCAACGGAGAUCACUGCUCUCUGGAGGUCACUUCCUAUCACAUCAAGCUCCCUCUGCGCAGUUCCUCCCAUUACACCGGUUGCUGAUUCAUGAAAGGCCUGCCUUAACUUCAUGCAGAUACAGCUUUAAGAGGAUCUCCGACGUUCCAGCCAAGCCAUUCUGUUUCUCCAAAAUGCAUGCAGACGCAAAGAAAGCCCUGGUCGACACCUUCUUGGGGCCACCCAACUGCGGCGUGUACAGCCCGUCUGUUCAGAACACGCUCUUCUUAAUGGGGAAAGCUGUUCUCAACAGGUCUCCGCUGACUAAUCGGUGAUGAGAACGGAAUGAAUUCACCCAAUCCUCUUCCCCCGUUCUAAGAAUCAGCCGUGCAUAUGCUCAGGUUCCCGCAUGUGGCGUCGGUUCAUCUCAAGAUGCCCAACAUCCAUUUCUUACCAGUCAACCUGUCUAGCAAAGAUAACGGAACCAUCGUCAAGGUAUGAUCUUCCUUCCGUUGUUCUUGGUUCCUCUGAUGUUGCCAUAUUUGGAAAAAUCUUGGAGAUUCCUGGGAUAUUCGCCCUCAGCUUGCUACUUAUGUUCAUUGAUUCGUGGAGCUUCUGCAUGAUGCAUUGAACAUGUGGGAGUUUGUCUUUCCCAAUAUAUCAAUUAAUCGUGUUCAUAAUCAAAAAUAGGUGGGGGGGAGGGGGCUCAUCUGUUCCUUAUUAAAGAAAUAAGUCAAAAAGGAAUAUUUUGAUCUAGUAACAUGAUAUCCCUCUGUUUUGUUUGCUGUGAUUAUUCUGUGCAGUUUGCGGACGACGUGUACAAUCCGACGGAUGAACCUCAUGGGACAAUCGAAGCGAGCUUGACCCGCACCCUGUCCAAGAUAUAA